AUGGAAAGAGCUCUCAUUGUGAAGGUCUAUGGCAGAUCGGUCACUUUAAGUUUUCUGCAUAAUAAACUACUGUCCAUGUGGAAGCCUGCUGGGAGGUUAGACUGCGUUGAUUUGGAGCAUGGCUUUUUCCUGACUCGUUUUUACUUGAAGGAUGAUUAUGAAGCUACAUUGAAGAAAGGACCUUGGUUCAUUGGAGAGCAUUUUCUCUCCAUCAGACCAUGGGUGCCAAACUUCCAUCCUGAGUCGGCAAAUGUUACAUCGGUGGCUAUGUGGAUUAGGCUCAAUGGUUUACCAAUAGAAUACUAUAAUCCUGAAGCUUUAUUGCAAAUAGGGAAAGCUAUUGGGAAUGUUUUAAGGGUUGACACCCAUACUGCAAAUGAAGCCAGAGGUAGGUUCGCAAGAUUGUGUGUUCAGGUUGAUGUGGAUAAGCCAUUGGUGACAGCAAUCUUGAUUGGUAAGUUCGAACAGCCUCUGUGUUAUGAGGGCAUACAGAAACUAUGCUUUUCUUGCGGUAAAAUGGGUCAUCGAAAGGAAGGAUGUCCAUUCGUGGUUCGGUCAGACCCAAUGCCGAGAGGGGUGGAAGAGAUGAAUGGAAGGGAUGCUGAAGGACGAUCACCUCAUGCACGCGAAGAGCAUGCAAUUGCAAGGACUACUGCAGGUGAGGGGCCCAGUAGCGUUGUGCAUGGUAGUGCGCAUGAAAAGGUUCAAGAAGGGCCGUAUGGCCCUUGGAUUGUUGUGACACGUAAAAGGAAUGUGACAAAAAACCAAAAGAGUGGAGGGACCCCCACUGUACUAGACAACGGUCGGCUAAGAGAGGAGUAA